UGCGUCUCAGCACAAACAGCAAACAAAAGGAUAGGAAAAGUGUGGCGUAGAUUAAAUGCGUCUCAGCACAAAAAGCAAACAAAAGGAAAGGAAAACCAACCGAUGUUCGAAUUCAUUCAGUUGUGAUUCCAUCACUCUUAAAAUUAUCCCGUCUGACAGAGCUGAAACAGUUGGCCCACAAGCCUCAACCUAAUUACGUUUGGACAUACCGAAUUCGUUGAGAGAAAUGGUCUUCGGAUGGAUUGCAGCUGCAAUUAUAGUUGUUGCAGUUGUUGUAUCAAAUUUGCCAAGAGAUGGAGGUUGGGGAUCGUGGUCUUCAUGGAGUUCUGAAUGCCAUGAUGGCUAUCACAUAAGGUAUCGCAAAUGUGACAAUCCAUGCCCAAGAAACGGAGGGGAUUACUGCAAAGGAAACAGUAAAGAUUAUUCGGACUGCCGUGAAUGUCGCAUUUAUUAUCCAAAGUGCAAGUAUGGUAAAUGCGUGAACACCCUAGGUUCCUAUUAUUGCGAGUGCAUCUUUGGCUAUGAGCUUCAUGAGAGUGAUAGGGACCUAUGUGUGCCAAAGAAAUGUGCCUCUCUAAGAAAACCAAUUGAAGGUACUAUGAAAUGCUCAAGCAGUUCACCGUCACACCGUGACAAUUGUGUAUUUGGAUGUAAUGUUGGCUAUAAACUGGAGGGAUCACAGACAAGAACCUGUGAGAACGGAAAAUGGACAGGAAAUAAAGCAACAUGCGCAGUGAAGUACUGUAAUCCUUUAAUAAAACCGGAGAACGGCGAAGUCUCAUCAAAAUGUAAGAAAAAAAGCCCUCAUAAAACUCAAUGUCAGUACAGUUGCGACGAGGGGUUCGUAUAUACCAAGUAUUCUCAAGCAAUAUGUCACGAUGGGUUCUGGACGAAUGAUGCAGUUGGUGGAAGAUGCAAAGACGUUCAGCCUCCUUCAUUCGGUGAAACCUGUCCAUCUGAUCAAACAGUCUUCAACGACCUGGGAAAAAGAUAUGCUACAGUGAAAUGGGACUCAGUCAAAGCUGAAGAUAAUAGCGGAGUUCUUGUACUGGAAGCUCCGCCAAAUGUGAAAUCUCCCCAUAUGUUUUAUGAAGGACAUCAUUACGUGACAUACACGGCGAGGGAUCCAGCAGGAAAUAUAAAGCGCUGCGUGUUCACUGUCACUGUCCAAGUUGUUACCUGCUCUGUGCUCCUUCCACCUCCUAACGGAAAAUAUGAAGGCAAUGCUUGCGGGAAUCUGCAUGGAGAUACCUGCCACUUUUCAUGUAAUAAAGGGUAUGAGAUGAGGGGAUCCAGUGAAAGGAAAUGCACCAUGAAAGAGGGCACCAGUGAGGCGUAUUGGAAUGGAAAUGAAACCAAAUGUGAAGCAUUUCGUUGUUCUCCUUUGGAAACUCCUGAAAAUGUUUUACAGACAGGUCGAGGCUGUGGUAGCAAGGCCUCUAACCACAGCGCCACCACCUGCUAUUUUGAAUGCAAGCCAGGAUACGAGUCUGCGGGAGGAUCACUUCGCAGAACCUGCGCACGAGAUAAUACUUGGACAGGAAGCAAGCUUAAGUGUAAAGCAAUCACCUGUCCUCCUCCUUUGACUAUCAAAUCAGAAGGAUUGGAGAUUGAGCCAUUGUUUUGUGCCAAUUCAACUUCUGAAAUACCUUACGCGACAGUUUGUCGUUUUACUUGCAAGAAUGGAUAUCAACUUCAAGGCCCUGGAUUGAAGACUUGCCAGCCAUCCAAGAUUUGGAGGCCACUAGAAAAUCCCUCAUGCAUAGACGUCUCUGAACCAGUAUUUACAAACUGUUCAAAUGAUAUACAUAGGACUGCAGAUAGAGGCAAAAGGUCCACACAAGUUACAUGGCCUCUUCCGACAGCUAAAGACAACUCAGGCUUAACUCCUAACAUCACUCACUCUGGGAAAGAAUCAGGUGAUAUCUUUUUGGCUGGGGAACACACCAUCCGUUAUUUGGCUUCUGACAACUUAGGGAAUAUUGCUGAAUGCAUAUUUAAAGUCUAUGUUUCAGUUCUCAGAUGUCCCAAGCAGUAUGCUCCCCCCGGAGGUACCAUGAAAUGUAGUGAGAGUGAUCAGUAUGGCUCACAAUGCAACUUCAAAUGCAAUGCUGGUCACAUAAUGACAGGUUCUGCUAUCAGAAUUUGUGAGAAGGGCUCCAUAGAAUCUGUGGGAUACUGGAGCGGAAACGAGACUAAUUGUGAAUUGGCCAAGUGUCCCCCUCUUAUUUCUGCAAACAACACUAUACAAUCAGGUUGUGGAAGUGGCACUAAGAUCAAUCUAUUUGGCGACAAGUGUCUAUUUUAUUGUGCUGUUGGUUACUUGCCGAUAAAUGGGUCAAAAGAAAGGAUCUGUCAAGCAAAUGGCACGUGGUCAGGAGAAUUACUGCAUUGCCGAGAUGCACGAUGUAAAUCCCUGCAAGAUCCCGAGGAUGGCGCAGUCACCCCACAUUCCUGCAAAGCCUCUCCUAAGUACGAUACUACGUGUCGCUUCGAAUGUAACGACGGCUACAAAUUGUCUGGGGAACGGAUAACGACCUGUCUAAGCGAGGAGCAGUGGUCAAAGAACACCUCUGUAAAUUGUGAAGACUUUGAAAGUCCAACUUACGGUUCGACUUGUCCCAGUGAUAUCAAAAAGUACGCAGACAGGAGCAAAAACUAUACGUCAGUUACUUGGUUGCCUGUUGUUGCCACGGAUAACUCAGGGAAAACACCGGAUGUAACCUCCGUUGGUGUUCAGAACGUAUACUACAAAGGGACGUAUAGUAUUGUGUACAACGCCACUGAUGAAGCAGGAAAUUAUAAGAUCUGCAAAUUUCAUGUCACAGUUGAGGUUUUGCUUUGUCAAACCCUAUUGGCACCGAUAAAUGGAUUUUUUGAGGAAGAGUGUGACAAUACAUAUGGAUCCACAUGCAGAAUGGGUUGCGAUGAGGGUUAUAACUUGCUUGGUUCACAAGUCCUAUCCUGUUUACACAAACCCGGACAUCUCACUGGGUACUGGAACGGAACGGUUCCAGUCUGUAAAGUGCGGAGAUGCACAUCUCAAAGUGCACCAGAGCAUGGUUACAUUUAUCCACACACGUGUACGUCAAUGCCAGUCAGUGGAACUGUGUGCACGUUUCGAUGCAAGCCUGGUUACCAAGGCAAUGGAGGCGCAACUCGAAUGAUUUGCAAUAAUGACGGGAAAUGGAACCAAAGCGAUUCUUUGGUUUUAGAAUGUCGUGACGUGCAACCACCUGUAUUUAUAAGGUGCCCUGCAGAUAUUCGUACAAGCAUUGGGGCAAACUCAACCACAUUAGUUAACUGGACCGAGCCAGUUGCUGUAGACAAUAGCGGUUUGCCACCAAAUAUGACUGUUUAUCCUCAUGGUAUAAGUCCACCGUACAUUUUCAACGAGACCACAACUGUUGUUUACACCACAACAGACGCAAGUGGGAAUAGCCAAAAAUGUUCAUUUCAAGUUAUUUUACAAGAUGAUCAAGGCCCAGUUGUUGCUUAUUGUCCAUCGGAUCAACACAUUAUUGCCACGAACAUAGAAACAUUGGUAACGUGGAAUGAUCCACAAUUUAAAGACAACAGCAAUAAUCCCUUGCUGAUAAGUUGCAGUCACAAAAGUGGAACCACGUUUUAUUGGGGAACAUGGAAUAUUUUCUGCGCUGCCUAUGAUAAUAAUCCGUCCAAUAAUCCGGCCUUCUGCAAAUUUACAGUUGUAGUGAAACCAAAAGACUGCGACGAUUUAACCCCUCCAAAGAAUGGAGCCAGAGCAUGUGAUGACUGGAUGUUUGGACGCUUUUGUUUGCCUUUUUGUAAUAAUCGAACAGAUUUUUCAGAAUCAUUCCCAGAAAAACAAAUGUGGGUUUGUGGAACAGAUGGAAUAUGGAAGCCAACAAAUUAUUUACCGGACUGCACAAAGGUCUACCGCCCUGGCGAUGUCAGAAUGGCCGCUGACUUGCAUUACUUUUAUGGUGACUGUAACAAGCCUGAAGUUCAAGCAGAAAUAAGGGAAAACUUCAUUAAGUUACUGAAUGAAUCAUAUUUUAACAAGAUCUGCCAAGAUCCAUCACUUAGAGACAAGUGCACGGCUGACAAUGUUAACGUCACAUGUGGUGAAACAACCAUCACAAGAAGACGCCGCGCGUUAGCAGAUGAGGAUCAUCCCACUCGAAAUCGACGAUCAACUCCAUUAACUAAGAUUUCUUUUGAAAUCGUCGUGAACCUGGAUGCAAUCAAGGGGACUGGUGAUACCAAAGAAAGUGAGAUUUUGAUAGGGGAGGAAGGCAUACAAAUCGCUAAAAACCUUAGCAGUGAGAUUAAAAGAGCAAUAAAUAAUGGUAGUCUUACCUUGACUAUUAAUGGAACCAUGUUGCUUCCUGAUAACUAGUCUUUCAGCAUUUCAGAACCCACAGCAUCUUGUCAGAAAGGACAGAUUUUAAGGAAAAACAUUUGCUUGAACUGUAUAGCUGGAACAUAUUUCACAAAGGAUACAGGAACAUGGAAAGACUGUCCCGUUGGAUCAUAUCAAGAAUUGGAAGCUCAGGAAACGUGUAUCACAUGUCCACCAAGGACCUCGACAGCUAACACCAAAACAGCCAACAAGUCUGAUUGCCUAGCAAUAUGCAAGGCCGGUUCAUAUUCUCCCACUGGAUUAGCACCUUGUAUUCCCUGCGAUAAAGGCUAUUAUCAAGACAUGGAGGGACAGAAAUCAUGUUUAGAAUGUGGAGUGAACCAAACGACCACUGCCCUUGGAUCAAACAGCUCCCUGCAAUGUGGAGUUCCGUGUACGCCUGGAUCCUUUUCUCCAAACGGAUUGGAGCCUUGCACGUUGUGCAAUCGACGAUCGUUUCAGCCCCUUAGUGAAAGCCGUGUGUGCUUCUCUUGUCCAGGAACAACAACCACUCUAAAACUAGGAUCAACACGUGAACAGGAUUGUAUAGAAAUCGACGAGUGCAAAUCCAACCCAUGCCAACACAAUUCCUCAUGUACAGACCUCAUCCAUGACUUCUUUUGCGUAUGUGGAACGGGUUUCACAGGAAAGCAGUGUGAGACCGACAUUGACGACUGCCAAGACCAACCCUGUUUUAAUAAUGGCACCUGUUAUGACUUGAUCAACAACUACACCUGCUCAUGCAAACAAGGUUUCCAAGGCCACAACUGUGAAGAGGAUGUUAACGAAUGUGUUUUGUCGCCGUGUGCUAAUAAUGCCUCAUGCAAAAAUCUUCCUGGAUCAUACGAAUGUCAGUGUGAUCCUGGGUACACUGGAAGACUCUGUGAUAUUGAUGUUGAUGAGUGUCGUCGAUCCCCAUGUCAGAAUGGAGCCACUUGCAAAGAUAAAGUAAACAGCUACGAAUGUACCUGCUUAGAAGGGUAUCGAGGGAAUAACUGCGAGGAAAAUGUGGACGACUGUGUAAAUAACUCUUGCCAAAAUGGAGGGAAAUGUGUCGAUGCAAUAAAUAGCUAUCACUGCGUCUGCCCUCUUGGUUUCAAUGGAACAUUUUGUGAGCACAACAUUGAUGACUGUGAUAAAGUCGAAUGUAGGAACAACGCCUCCUGUGUUGAUCAGGUUAACGGAUAUCUCUGCAUCUGUAAAGCCGGAUUCUCUGGGAAAAACUGCGAGGUGGAUUUGGACGAAUGUGCUUCCAAACCUUGUCAAAAUGAAGCGACCUGCGUGGAUAUGAUUAAUCGCUAUUACUGCGACUGCCGAGACGGUUUUGAUGGGUUGCAGUGUGAAAACAAUAUUGACGAAUGUGCUACAAACCCUUGUUCAAACAAUGGAUUAUGUCAAGAUGGCAUAAACGGUUUUACGUGCCUAUGUUCACCCGGUUUCACUGGAAAGAUCUGCAACGUUGAUAUCGACUUCUGUGCUUCAAUUCCCUGCUACAACAACGGUUCAUGCUUUGACGGCGUCUCUUCUUUCACAUGCCAGUGUGCAGAUGGCUUUGAGGGAAAGCAGUGCCAUUUGAAUGUUGAUGAAUGUAGAAUUAACCCCUGUAUAAACAAUAGCACUUGCUUUGACGGCGUAAAUGAAUAUACUUGCGCAUGUCUCGAUGGCUUCGUUGGUAUAAAUUGUGAAAUCGAUAUCGAUGACUGUAAGAAACAUCCAUGCGUCAAUGAUGGAGUCUGUACCGAUUUGAUAAAUGGCUACCGUUGCGCCUGUAGGAGUGGCUACACAGGUACAAACUGUAGUGUAAAUAUAGACGAUUGUGCCGAUUUUCCUUGUCGAAACAAUGCUAGUUGCAUUGACAAAGUGGACAAUUACACCUGUAGUUGUCUUGAUGGCUUUAGUGGAACUAACUGUGAAGUCAACGUUGACGACUGCGAGCAAAACUUGUGCGUGAAUGGCUCUACGUGCAUGGACGGAAUAAACAGCUGCAGUUGUGACUGUGCGCCUGGGUACAUGGGUGAUCGCUGUGAAUUAGAAAUUGAUGAAUGUGCGUCUUUCCCCUGUUUGUAUGGUGGAUCAUGCCGUGAUCAGAUCAAUGGCUUUGUAUGUAUUUGUCAAACUGGCUUCAAUGGUACGCAGUGCGAGGAAAAUAUCGAUGACUGUAAAGUCGCACCUUGUGUAAAUAAUGGUACCUGCUCAGACCUUAUUGCCAACUACUCUUGUUUAUGUCCCGUGGGAUUUGAUGGUCUUCACUGUGAACACCGCAUUGACUAUUGCAUAGAUGCCAACUGUAGUCAGAAUGGACUUUGCGUCUCUUCUCUGAGAGGUUUUUAUUGUGACUGUACAAGCGGGUACUAUGGAAAAUACUGCGAGGCUGAGACAGACGAGUGUUUAGCGAAACCUUGUUUCAACAACGGAACCUGCCAUGAUGUUGUCAACAAUUUUACUUGUUCAUGCCCUGACGGCUAUACAGGGAGGUUCUGUGAGCUGGACAUUGAUGAUUGCGUACAAAAUUCCUGUUUAAACAAUGCUACUUGUGUUGACCACAUCCUUGGAUACACAUGUCUUUGUUCCCAAGGCUACAAUGGAACUUACUGUGAAGCAGAAAUCGAUAGCUGUUUACCAAAUCCAUGUAUUAAUAAUGGGACAUGCGUUGAUUUGACACAUGGGUAUGAGUGCAAAUGUUUAGAACGAUUCUACGGAAAAAACUGCGAAAACAUGACAGAUAUUUGUUCGUCGUACCCCUGCCUGAACGGAGGUACAUGCAAAGCUAACAAAUCAUCGUCUGAAUUUCUUUGCUUGUGCGGAGAAGGUUUUAAUGGCACUACUUGUGAAAUCGACAUCGAUGAAUGCCUGUCUAAUCCAUGCAUGCCAAACGCUCAGUGCAUAGACAUGGCGAAUAGUUACCGAUGCAAAUGCGAUCCAUCUUACUCAGGAGACCAUUGUGAAAUAUUUUUCGGCAGUAACUUCGAUUUGGCAUUUAACCGCAAGAGCGCCGACGACAUGGUCUUAUUGACGGACGGCGAGGGAAUUCCAAACAUGAGAUAUAUCACCAUCACUAUGUUUGUUCGAAUUGACGUCACGUGUAAAUCAGGAACACUAUUUACCUACACUGUUCCCGAUAACUCACAGGAGAUCAUCGUGAUCUCUUUUACGGAAUCCCAAGUUCACCUGCAGAUCAAAGAUGAAAUGAUCACAGUCAAUUUUAAGCUAUCGGAUGACCAUUGGCAUUACCUUGGGGUCACAUGGAUUGGAAUAAUUGGAAAUGUAUCCGUCUAUAUCGAUGGUCCAGAGAGAAAAAGUGUAAGUAAUGUAAAAGUCGGAGGCAAAAUAAGAGGUGGUGGAUGGAUUGCUCUCGGCCAAAGAUAUCCCGUUGAGAAAUGGUCUCCAACCACUUCCUUUAUGGGUAGGUUACAUCAAGUGAACUUCUGGGAUCUACCAUUAAAUUCCAACCAUAUGUGGAACGCAGCUCACAACUGCACCUGGCCUGUCGAGGGAAAUCUAAGAGCUUGGAGCAACUUUCUUGUCGGAGUCCAAGGGCAAGUGGUAAAGAAAUUCAAAACGCAAUGCAAAGCUAUGGACGACUGCAGUAACUGCUCUCACUUUCAACAGUGUGAGACUCGUCAUGGUCGUUUCUACUGCAUUUGUGUGGAGGGGUUCACUGGUCCGUCCUGUGACAUUAACAUCGAUGACUGCGACCCAAAUCCAUGUGUGCAUGGAAAAUGCAUAGAUGAUAUUGCAGGUUUUGACUGUGAGUGUGAAAAGCAAUACUGGGGAGUCAACUGUGAUAAGAAAAUAAUCACAGAGAAAGAAUGUCUAGAAUUGAACGAGCCUGAGAAUGGAAAGAAGUCAUGCCGACGUGUUUCUGGUAGGAUGUUGUGUGUUAUGUCCUGUAAUGAAGGUCGCUCUUUUGAUGCUGAGGCUGUGACUGAGUUUCUUUGUGGACCAGACACGAAAUGGAAAUGGAAUAGCAUGGACAAAAUAGCAGUGCCUACCUGUUUACGUAUGGCUGCACCGGAAAAAAUUGAACAUCAUUUCUCGAUUAAGUUUUCUGGUAUCCAGUGCAGCAAUGUCCAGAGUCAAAAGGAAAUUCGCUCUGCGUUGGAGGAAGGAAUGAAUGGCGUACUGUCACCAGUCACAGGUUGCCAGUCAUGCCAAGUGAAGAAGAUGGAGGUUCCUGAAUGUAAAUCCAGGAAAAGUAGGGCAGCGAAAACAUACAUCGAGGUUCUUUUCUCUUUCGUCAUAAGGAAAGACAAGAGUUCUUCGUCAUCAGGAGAAAGUACCGAAGAAAUAAGUGAAGCAGUCCUAUUUCAGAUGAAUUAUGCCGUCGCUACCGGACAAUUCAGAUUAUACCUGGAUGGAUUAAAUAGCACUGCUGAUCGAUCAUCAUUUAAUCUUGUGUACUCAAAUGUAACCUGCAACCUUGGAUUCGUUACCACAAGCGACAGAAAACGAUGUGGUGCUUGUUCUCUGGGCACUUUCUAUGAUAUAAACAGCUCAAAGUGCAGUCUUUGCAAUCGGGGAAGUUAUCAAGAUAAGGAAGGUCAGACAACCUGUACCUUAUGUAACGACGGUAAAAGGACCUCUGCUCCAGGCGCGACUUCGAAAGGCGAUUGCCAAGGGGAAGUUUUCUCCACCAGAUUUCCCGAUCAAUCAGACGACACCAACUUCCUCCUCUAUAUCUUGGUAUCAGUACUUUCGAUUUGUUUCGUAGCUGCCAUCAUCGUUGGUUGCAGGCUAUGCCGUUGCUUUUGUUUUACACGACGAAUCGUGGGAGUUGAAAAACGCAGUUACAGUCCAGAAGGAAAACAGCCUGAGUCAGGUAGUAACUUGGCGUACGGCGAGUUUCCACUUGGUGUAGUAUCUUUCCACAUUCCGCCGCAGACCGGAAAAGAAAAAGAUACACCAACCAGUGAAUUACCAGGGAGAGUAUCAAACAUAUAUGUCUGCAAUGACUGAGCUGUAUUCACAGCCGCGGGAGCCACUAUCAAGUGCUCGAUUUAUUCCCACUUUAGACCAUAGCCAAAACACAUAUCCUAAAUAGGACGCUGCUUUAGCAAGCAAUCGCUGACAUAUCAAGUUAGAGUUACAACUUCAGAAAUUGUAGCAACAAGAUGGAGUGAUAAUAGCAGAUAGAAUCAGAGAUGAAGAUCACCUUUUUUAUAGUCUAGAAGCCUUCAAGGAUCAUAUAAUUGUUCUCACUACAGCCCUUUAAAGAAAAGCAAAGAGGUUCACCUAUUCCUCUCGGUUAGGUUACGGGCACCCUUGGAUUUAUCUUUGUCCAGGACCGUGGCAAGUGUUUAGACUAUUAAACAUCCACAGAGAAGUCAAGUCGACAAGCGCAGUUGAAACGUGAGAAACUUUAAGGUUUAGUAAUGGGAAGAGUUUCAUGUAAUGGUUCUGAGUUCCCUUUCAAUUCAAUUUCAUGUGAUUGCCAGAUUGAUAAGCGGUUCCAAAUACUCCCUGCCUACUUGAUUCGAAUCGUCUGGCGAUGACUGCCUUACCUAAAAGCGAUUCAAUGCUAUUUUUUCAAUCAAAUUCAUAGAUGAAACGCUGCAGCACUUGGUGACUCUUUGCAUAUAUAGGGCUAAAUGUGUGAGAUGACAUUACGUUGUUAAGUGUUUGCUCUUUUGGUGGACAUUUUCUUAUUUGGUAUGUGUGCUUUGUUGCAGUUUUAGCAUGAGCAUUUAAUCAUAGCUUUUUUUUCGAAAAAAAAGUUUAGUUCUCACAGAUAAAUGCUGUAGAUUUUUCUUUGUGUAAGCAGGUAAAUAACGUUCGCAGAUCCUGCAUAACUUCCUUAUUUGGGCUUUAGCUACGCAUAUAUUAUCGAUUUAUCUUUCUUUUUAGUAUCAAUAGUUCCCUACAAACGUUUACCGGAUGAUUUUUGUUGACUAUUAGUUUUUUUUUAAUCGUUCGAAUUUUUGUACCCAUUAAAGUAGUGCUUUAAUGAUCAUAGUGUAAUAUCUUUGCAUAGGAGACAUAGAGGCAUUCAUUAAUUGAACACGUGAAGUAUAAUAGAAACGUGUGCGUAAUCUUAUUAAAGUAUUUUUCCCAAUUUGACUUCA